AUGUUGAGAGGAGAAAGUGACCUUUUAUUCAAUGGCGCAAAAUAUUACAGCUUCAAAGGUAUACCGUACGCUGCUCCACCGAUUGGGAAUUUACGAUUUAAGCCACCACAGCCCCCUCUGCCGUGGAAGGGCGUCCGAGAUGCAACGAAAUUUGGAUCAGUUUGCACUCACUUCAAUAUAACAAAAGUAGGGGACAGUGCCGCCGCAGGAUCUAUUACGUACCACAUCGUGUCUCCGAUGUCCAGGGGACUUUUCCAUAGAGCGAUAGCUCAAAGUGGCUCCUGUUUUAAUGAUUGGGCUUUAGCAACAGAUAAAAUUAAGAGAGCUUUUAGAGUUGGGAAAGUACUGGGGAAAGAAACAGACAAUGUCUAUGAAUUGUAUCAAUAUUUCAUGUCCUUAGAUAAGUUCAAACUGACAAAUGUUACUUUGUCUUCUACUACAUAUGAUGAAAUGUAUCGAGGUCCUCCAGGACAGUUUGUACCAACGAUAGAAAAGAAAUUUCCGGGCGUAGAGGCAUUCCUAACUGAACAUCCGAUUAAAAUUGUACAAAAAGGUAAUGUGGCGAAGGUACCUUUAAUGAUUGGUUACAACAAUGGAGAAGGACUGCUUUAUCUUAAUCGAUACCUCGAAAGACUGGCUGUUUACAGUAAAGAACCUUCGUAUUUCGUUGGCAAACAAGUAGCUAGCCAGGUAUCGCAUGAGAAAUUAGAAGAAUUUGGCCAAAGAAUAAUAACAUUUUAUCUUGGUAAUAAAACAUUAACGAAGGAAGAUAUUAAACCUCUCACGGAAUUAAAUGGAGACACCAUUUAUAAUUACAAUAUACACAGAUUCAUCAAUAGCUAUGCUAGUGUGAGCCAUCCAAUAUAUAUGUACCAAUUCCACUUUGAUACCGAGCUGAAUGUAGUCAAAGUUAUGUAUGGCGUCAGACAUCUUAAAGGUGUGUGUCAUGGAGACGAACUUUGGUACGUGUUCAAGAACUUUUGGAACGAUUAUCUAUAUGAGAAACAUUUGAGGUUGAGGGCAAUUAUAUUCAGGGUGUCUAAAAUCUGGACGGAUUUUGCGAAAACAGGGGAACCAAUAUCCAGAAACAGUGAUGAAGAAUACUGGAGGCCUUUUACAAUAAAAAAUAAAGAAUAUUACAAUAUAGACGAAACAUUCUCUAUGGGUUACUACGCUGACAGAGAGAGAAUUGAGUUUUGGGAUAAAAUAUACGAAGAAGCUGGAUUGCCACAUAUAAAAUCCAUAAACAUAGAAUCAGAAGAUACAAACUUAAUAUAA